AUGAAGAUAGUUCAUUCCAUCUAUAAUGAUGGUUUAUUUCGUUUAAUAAUAAUAACAUCACUUGUAUGUGGUCUUGAAUUUUGUACAUCAGCUGCAUUCUCAUACAUUCCUCCAUUGCUUUUAAAAGCUGGUGUAUCAGACUCACUUACAACAUGGUUGAUGGGUUGUGGUCCACUUAUGGGUUUUAUACUUUGUCCAGUUGUUGGACAUGCAAGUGAUCGAUGUCGAUCACGUUUCGGUCGACGACGUCCAUUUAUUCUUGGAUUUUGUAUAACAAUAAUAUUCUGUUUAAUACUUAUGCCACAAAGUGAAUCAAUAGGACAAUUAUUAGAUUCUCCAAAAUUGGGUUUGAUAUUAUUAAUAAUAACAUGUGUACUAUUUGAUUUUGCAUCACAAGCAUGUUUUAAUCCAUGUGAAAGUUUAAUAUAUGACACAUGCAAAUCAACUCCACAGGAAGCAUCCUGUUUUUUUGUUUAUUCUUUUAUGACAUCAUUUGGUGGGUGCUUAGGAUAUUUGAUAACUGCUUAUGAUUGGUCUCAAUCUUGGUUAGCUUAUUAUAUACACGGACAAGAAAAGAUAACAUUUAUUGUAAUAUUAACAUUUUUUACACUUACACUUUGUUGUACACUGAUGACAGCUAACGAAAAAUCUUUUACUGAUGCUACUAUCGACGAACAGUUACUAAUAGGUAAUGAACAACAACAUUUAACGUCAACGUCCUCAUUAGAUAUGACGAUAUGGUGUAAAAAUAUUGAUUUUCUGUUAUUUAAAGUAAUUAUACGAAUCGUAAAUGUUUUCGUACAAUUAAUUAUUUAUCUUAUUUUAACUAUUGUCAGUUCGAUAAGAACGAUUAUAACAAUGCCAUUUGUAUUACGACGAUUAGCGUUAGCUGAUUGUCUAUCAUGGUCAGCAAUAAUGACAUUUAAUUUAUUUUUUACAGAUUACGUUGGUCAAACAGUCUAUGGUGGAGAUCCAAGCUCACCAGAAUUCUCAGAUGAACGUCAAUUAUAUGAUGCUGGUGUUCGUGCAGGAUCGUUUGGAUUGUUAUUUCAUUGUAUUGUCGGUGCCGUUUAUGCCCCUAUUUUAAAACCGUUAAUUUAUUAUUUCGGUAUUCGUUUAACAUUCUCAUUUGGAAUGUUUGUGUUCGUUAUAUCAAUGUUCGUUAUGUAUAUGUCCAGAAAUAUAAUUAUUGUUAAUGCAAUGGCAUCGUUAUCCGGAUUAGGAAUGGCAUCAUUGACAUCAAUACCAUAUACUCUCGUGAUGUUAUAUCAUUCUAACAGAGAGGUAUUUUUUGCAGAUAGUAUAACAAUUCAAAAUCGUGGAAUUGGAACAGUAUUGGGUAUUAUUGAUAGCACCUAUUUUGCAUCUCAAAUAAUUUCAUCUGUUUUAAUGGGUUAUAUCAUGCUCAUUUUUAAAUCAACAUUAUCCUAUAUUGUGACUAGUUUCUUCUUAGGAAUCUUUUCGAUCUAUUUUAUUAAUCGAAUCGUUAUUAAACCACCAAGUGGAACAAAAAAUUUAAUAUCACCAAUUUACAUUCGAUCUUAA